AUUCCUCCCUUGGGCAAACACUACUCACAGCGAUGGGCGCAGGAGGACCUGCUAGAGGAACAGAAAGAUGGUGCAAGAAUCGCUGCUGCAGUGGACAAGAAAAAGGGUUUGUUGGGACCACUUAUGGAGCUAGAUGUUAAAGAUGUUGAUGCCCUCCUGAAGAAGUCAGAAUCACAGCAUGAUCAACCAGAAGAUGGCUGCCCCUUUGGCCCACUCACACAGAGAUUGUUGCAGGCACUGGUAGAGGAGAACAUCAUCUCUCCAAUGGAGGACUCCCCUGUCCCUGAGAUGUCUGGCAAAGACACAGAUGGAGCAAGCACAUCUCCUCGUAGCCAGAACAAGGCAUUUAGUGUCCCCCACACCAAGUCCCUAGAAGCACGCAUUAAAGAAGAGCUGAUUGCCCAUGGCCUACUUGAAUCAGAGGAUCGUCCCCCUGAAGACUCAGAGGAUGAGGUGCUGGCAGAACUGCACAAACGACAAGCUGAACUUAAGGCCCUCAGUGCUCACAACCGCAGCAAAAAGCAAGACCUUCUCAGAUUAACCAAGGAGGAGCUAAAGAAACAGGAACUGCGGCAGCGAAUGAGAAUGGCUGAUAACGAGGUUAUGGAUGCAUUUCGUAAGAUUAUGGCUGCUCGGCAGAAAAAACGUACCCCUACAAAGAAGGAGAAAGACCAAGCCUGGAAAGCAUUGAAAGAAAGAGAGAGUAUCUUGAAGCUGUUAGACUCAUAGCAGUCCAAGCUCCCUCAGGAUUUAUGUGGGGCUUUGUGUAAAGAUGUGCUGCUGCGGUUACCUAGAUACCAGACACAGUCAUACUGGAAGCUUCUGCCUUGAACAGAUUCCUGGGUGAUGAGAGCCAUCUGCCAUAAACUAAGCAGUUUCAUGUGGUGCAUCCACACCACAACACAACAAAGGGAAGCAUCUUGGAGUAUACCGGCUUGGAAGCAAAUCAGGGUGAUGGAUAGCAUUUGUUGUUCUGGUAGAAAGCUAUAAUAUGCACCACACUACUGACACCCCUUAAUGAAAGUAAGUUUGUUUAAAAGUAGGAUACUUGGAUUGGGCCUUGAAUGAUGAGAUGAUAAAAAGUGUGCAGACAACCUGUUGAAAGGUUGUGCCUCUGUGGUGUGAAAAUACUGCUGUUGUGGAGGUGCUGCCGUUUUAACCAUGCCAAGGGAUAUGUGGUGCAGUGACUUAGGAAUAGUAACUUUAAUGUCAUUCAUAUUCUAGUGGGACAUUUCUUACCAUAAACUGAUGACAAAUCAGAGUACUCACAAGUCUUGUGUUACUUGGCCUCAUCUGUCGUAAAGAGGGACAAUGUCAUACCAGCAUCAAGUCAUAUGACCCCAGUUUUUAAUGCCCACCAAAAGAAUUCAUAUGACUGUUACAUGAAGAGACUGCUUCAACGGACAGUGGGAUAGGGUCAGAAUGUGCAGAUUAUCAUUGUGAUGUUUGCUAAUUUCUGGUAAAUGUUAUUAAACCUUUUUUUAGAUAUA